CUGUUCUUCCUUUACUUUCCAGUUUCUUAAAUGGAGGACAGCGUAGACAGGAGAAGGAGGAGGAGGAGGAAGUGGACCAAUCUAAAACGACGCCUAGGGGUGAGAGGGAUAGCAAUGGGCUGUUGCGGUGGCAGCUGGAGUAACAGAGUUCUAAGCAUCCACCUCGCGGAAGAAGAUGAAGAGGAGCCUGAAAACCAACUGAUCCUUGGCGGCAAUGUUGCCAGCAACGAUAUCAGAGCCCCUUCGGCGGUUGCUGGCGGGGUUGUUGCGCCAGGAACGGGGAUGAACCUUGCUAUGGCACUAGAAGCGGAGCGCAAUUUGCGGGCAGCGAAAGUGGGGUCUUCAACGGAAGCUAAGACGCUACUGAAAUUGAUUGAAGAAACGGACGGUGUGGAUCUGGAGAUAAAAACCAGCGUUGAUGACGGAGGAGGAAAUGAUUGGGUGUGCUGCGUGUGCAUGGAGAGGAAGAAAGGUGCUGCUCUUAUUCCCUGUGGGCACACAUUUUGCAGGGUUUGUUCCAGGGAAUUGUGGGUCAGUCGAGGGUCUUGUCCCGUCUGUAACCGUCCGAUACUGGAGAUCCUUGAUAUUUUCUAGAUCAGAUUAUGUAUUUGAUUUUUAUUACUCUCUCUUUUCCAAAUAAUAGUUUUUUUUUUAG